GAACAAAAAGAAGGUUUACAAUGAUGAAGAACAUGGCGGUACGCCGAGUGGUUCAUAACGAAACUUCUGAUGCUCUAAAGUAUUGAAAAGGCUGAUCAGGAGACCCCCUGAGAAACGACAGUGGUAGCUGUCUCUAGUAAUAGGAGAGCAAAUAUAAAGGCAUGGACGUGCAAGGGACUCUGUAUUUUUUCGGUGAAAUGUGGUAUCAGAUCUUUCUUUGGUGUUUGGCAACAUCAGUGUUCAUCCAUUGUAUUUCGGCUGCUGUUGCUUUCUUUGCUAUGAGGCAACAUUCACGAGGAAUGCUUUUUCCUCUCCUCAUAAUAUUCAUUGGAUUUCUUUACCCAGUCACUGGAGGAAUAGUAACAAGUGCCACAAUUGGGGCAGUAUAUCGAACAGCUCAUUUCACCAUGCCAAGCCGCCAGCACCCGUGGGCAAUAUGAAGCGAAUCCUGUGUUCUGACUGGCUAUCCGUGCCCAUCUUUCCCGCUUAAGAUAACUCGCAUUGGUACCCCGUGAAAGAAAAAGAUUUCGUCGACCGGACUCACUAAAUUCGUGAUUUUUUGACAAUGUCGGUGAUACAGUCACAAAAGGCGACAGAAGACAGUCUAAACAAAGAAAACACUAAACCACUCAUGGGUUUAUUGUACUACAAACAGAGGAUCUCGAUGGGGUUAACCGUUAGCCGUAAAAUGCCAAAGUAGUUGACUGUCAGUAAAAUGACGAACUUUUGGCG